GUGGGCUUUCAGACUCUUGUGAUGCUACAACUUCACACCAGACCCCUCUGUCCUUAUCCGUUCACUAUGAAGGGCAGAGCGGCUCGAGGAGUCAUGUAACUGACAGCUACAGAAGAGGACGGAAUCCUUUUGGAUACAGAAAGACAGCUGCAGCCGAGAGCCCCAGAUUAUCACUCUUACGGAGCAGGACAGGAUGGAAAAAAAAAUUGGCUCGCUCUGCCUGGAACGCCAGCUUUCUCUAAAAUAAAUUACAGGUGGAGGAUGAGCGGUUAAGAGUGACCACCGUGGCCGAUGUGAAUGGACUGUGAUGGGUAGACCGACCACCAGGUAUCUUCUGCUGAGAACUUUGCCCAGUGUCCUCCUCAAGACCGCGCUUCUACUGGUUUUCUGCGAUCAGGUGGACGCACAGUGCAAGAUCGUGAAAUGUAACACGGAAUAUGUUGCCGCCGUAUCCAACCCAAAGACCUCCAACAAGAACGCGGUGAACUGCAACGCCUUGCGCUCCUACUCCCAGUGCACCCGGAACACGGCUCGGACCUGCCGCGGAGACCUGGUCUACCACUCUGCCGUCCACAUCAUCGAGGACCGCAUGGUCCAGUUCAACUGCUCCAAGGUGGGGCCCACCAACCCUCCGCGGAGGCAGCCUCCACCCCCUCCUCCCGAUGGACCCACCAAACAAGCCUGCGAUUAUGAGAAGGUCUACCAGGAGAAGCAUGGGAGCGAACCCAAAUAUGUGCACUGCGGUGUCUUCGGGGACCCACACGUGAGGACUUUCGGGGGUGACUUCCAAACCUGCAGUGUCAAGGGGUCGUGGCCUCUCUUGGACAACGAAUAUCUGUUUGUUCAGGCCACCAGCUUACCGGUGUCUCCGUUCUCCAACGCUACGGUAACAAGCAAGCUAACAAUUAUCUUCAAGAACAUGAAGCAAUGCAUCGACCAGAAGGUCUACCAGGCAGAAGUUGGCAACAUGCCUGCAGCGUUUGACGAUGGCUCUGUAAAUGGGGGCCGGAGAGCAGGUGGAAGCAGCCUAACCAUCCAUGAAAGGGAGCCUGGGAAAUACAUCGAAAUCCAGGCGGCGUAUAUUGGCACCACUAUCCGCAUACGACAGCUGGACAGGCAGCUGUCCUUCUCCUUACGUAUGGCCAAGGAGAUCUCACAGGCCUUUCCGGAGGAGCAAGACCUCCAGCUCUGUGUAGGCGGCUGCCCAUCCAACCAGUGGAUAUCUAGAACUAAGGACCUCGGUAGGACAACAGCCAUGGACCUGGAGACGGCCAGGUCCCUCUGCGGGGAGAAAUUGACCGUAGAAGACGUUUACUUUCAGUCUUGCGUGUUCGACCUGAUGGCAUCGGGAAAUAGCAAUUUGACAUAUGCGGCUUACCACGCCUUAGAAGAUGCAAGGGAUUUCCAUCCCGAGCCUGGAACAUUACAUAUAUUCAGUCGAGGGGGAAGCAGUCCUCGAUUAUCUGUUGCUGCUCUUGUCUUGUCGUUGGGAGUUCUGGUGUGGCUGAGCUGAGGACCUUUAUGGAAAUGAGGACCUGUAGUCCUCUAGUCGUGAAUGUGAAUAGGAGAAUCCCGAGAAAUAUGAUGAAUGUUGGAUAUUUCAAAAUUUGACUCCUUGUUUAAAGACGUUCUCCCGUGAAGAGGGCUGUUUGGUGUUUUGCAACUCGUUGACUUCAUCAGGGGGCUGUGUGUUAUUUGAAGUCUGAACCCUAAUCUGAGACAAACUAGUACAAGACAGGGUUGGUUGUACGUAGGGUGACCACAUUUCCAAACUACCAUUCAGGGACACCCUCCCUUCCCAAAAAUCAGCUUGUGCUGUAACGCAU